AUGGCUCGCGAGGAUUUCUCACCACAUUCCAUAGCUCAACCCCCGGAAAAGCCCAUCGAACCACGAACUACAACCCGCAGACAACUUGGGAACAUUUUCGCCGAAUACUGCUCCACCAGCACGAUUCACGGAGUCAGCUACAUAGGCGCUCAACAGCGAUCAAAAUGCGAGCGCUUCUGGUGGAUCGUCAUGCUGGGCUUGUCGUUGUACGGAUGUGCGAAGCUCAUCGAGAAAAUCUACCACAAAUGGGAUAGUGGCCCGGUGAUCCUUAGCUUCGAUCGGAAACCCACACCGGUUUGGCAGAUGCCUUUCCCGGCGGUAACCAUUUGUCCGGAGGUAAAAUUCCGUCCGGAGUGUUUGAAUUUCACCAGCACCUAUAAAAAGAUGUUCUUGAAUGAGUCCGCCGGGCCGUUGGAAGAAGAGGAAACCCAAAAAAUGCUCAGUGUAUUGCAAAUUUGCGAUCGAAUGUAUUCAUACGAGCCAUUCAAAACCGCGUUGAGAAAAUAUUCUUUCAACCAAGAUGUUGUACAUUAUUUGAAACAGAUUUCACCGGGGGCUAAAAGAAAACUAUUCUUCGAAUGUAGAAUCAGUCUGUAUCCGUGUGUGGAUUUGUUCAAGGAGACUAUAACAGACGAAGGGAUAUGUUACACUUUCAAUUUAAUUCCAGAGAAUGAGAUGUUUCGUAAGAAAAAUUUACACGAUAAUUACGACUACUUGGAGAGCCCGUAUCCAUCCUCCAAUUGGACCCCGGAUGAUGGCUUCAGGCCGGAGGCCGAGCUACGAACAUAUCCAAGUCGCAUCUUCGGAUCGGGCUUCGAAUCGGGAAUGUACCUACAGCUCAUGAUUCCCGAUUCGUACGAAGAGAGUCACUGUCGCGAGGCGCAGGGCUUCAAAAUGCUUCUACACUCACCGGCUGAGUAUCCAGUGAUUUCAAAGAAAUUUAUUCGUCUCACAUUCAACCACGAGGUAACGAUGGCACUUAAACCCGAAAUAAUGAUCACUGCUGCCGCUCUUCGAAACUAUCGGCCCGAUGUUCGGCAGUGUUUCUUCGGCCACGAAAGGACGCUCCAAUUCUUCGCGAUCUACAACCAGGCAAACUGCGAACUGGAAUGCCUCACCAAUUACACCUUGAAGCUGUGCGGAUGUGUGCGGUUCUCGAUGCCUCGCGGCCACCGGACGAGACUUUGCGAAUCGUUCGAGCUGGGGUGUGCUAUCACAGCUGAGAACGAUAUUCAGAUAUUGAUUGCGAAAGGAGGCAUUGGGACAAAAUCCGGAACCAUGGACCAUUGCAAUUGUCUACCGGCUUGCAACUCGAUCGAGUACAAUGCCGAGCUUACGCAAACGAAAUACAACUUCAGCAAAUCGUAUCACCUGCGUUACGACAAAUCGAAUUCGCACGAUCAGAUUGCUAGGUCUGUACGAAUAUAUGCAUUGAUAAACGCAAACUUCGCCAAGUUGGCUAUUUACUUCCGGCAAACCCAAUACAUUACGCAGAAACGUGACGAGCUGUUCGGUUGGACCGAUUUCAUAGCAAACUGCGGCGGUGUGAUGGGUCUUUGCAUGGGCGUAAGUCUACUCAGUUUGGCCGAGCUGUUUUAUUACUGCCUGAUAAGACCCCUGAUACUGCUCAGAUAUCGCGGGAAUCGGGAGGAACGAAAUGUUGUCUCCGUUCAACCGGUAUAUUCGUUGUUCAAAGUGGAACGGCGCGCUUAA